GUUGUAGGCCAUUCAGUUCGAGUGCAGUAUUCAGCGGCGACAGAAGCGGUCCUAAAAUUUUCACUACUUGCAUAAUUUGAGAUUUGAUAGCUGAUUUUUAAUUAAAUAUUGUGUUAACGCCAUGAAAAUGCCACUUAGCCAGAAGAAGGGCUUCUUUGCCGAGUACUAUCUGAAGCUGCGCGAAGCAGGUGGCGCCAGCUGCGAGGCGGACAUAGCCAAGUUAUCCGCAUGCGGCACAGAUGACGAGCGCGUGGCCUAUGUGGACCAGCUGCCCUGGGUGCGUGACGGUGAUGCGGACCUGCAAGUGCAGCGGGAAUUCAAUGGAAAGAAUGCAACUGUUGCAGCAGAGCUGAAGGAGCGAGCCACGACGGCCUUCAAGCAGAAGAAAUGGCUGGAGGCCAUGUUGCUCUACAGCAGAUGCUAUGUGACGUUGCCACAUGACAAGCUGGCGGAGCGUUCUAUUGCACUGGCCAACCGCUCGGCCACUUUGUAUCACAUGCAGAAGCACAGCGAGUGCCUGGUGGACAUCAGACGCGCCCUGGAGCUGGAGUAUCCCAAGGAGCUCGUCUACAAGCUAUAUGAGCGCCAGGCGCGCUGUUAUAUGGCUCUGAAGGACUAUCCGCGCACGAUCAACGCCUUAAAAAAAUGCAUCACGGCCACGGAUGACUCCACGUUGCCCGCUGACAGGCGAUCCAAGCUGCAUCUGGAUGCCAUGACCAUGAUCAAGAUGCUGGAGAACGAUCCGCGCACAGCCAAGCAAGCCGCCAAGCAGCAGAAGCUGAAGGAAGCCAAAUCCUCCACUCCAACUCUGGAGCAGGCUCAAACGCUGCCCUACGAAAAGGAGUUUGUUAGCGAUCUGGUUCGUAUCGAUCAGAACCCGCAGGAGGGCAGAUUUGCACGCGCUGCGUCCGAUGUGCAGGUGGGCCAGGAGCUGCUAGUCGAGCAUCCCUAUGUAGCUGUGCUGCUCGAGAAAUACGCGCAGACUCACUGCGAAUUCUGCUUUAUGCGCACUGUGGUGCCUGUGUCUUGUCCGGGUUGCUCGGACGUCAUCUACUGCUCGGAGCAGUGCCAGCAGAAGGCCGCCGCCAAGUACCACAAAUUCGAAUGUGGACUUUUGCCAGUGAUCUGGCGCUCCGGUGCCUCGAUCAACAAUCACAUGGCGCUGCGCAUCAUUGCCAGCAAGCCGCUGGACUACUUUAUGCAGCUGAGAGCCAGUCUGGACGAGGAGCUCUCACUGGAGCAGCUCUUGAGUCUGCCCAAAGAUGACUUUCGACGCGUCGCACAUCUGGAGCGGCAUCAGAAGGAGCGACCCCCGUCGAACUUCUUUCAAUAUGUGCUGAUGGCGCGCUUUCUCACCAGAUGCCUGCAGGCGGCGGGCUACUUUGGCAGCGAGCCGAAGUCGGAGCAGGUGAGCGCCAUUGGCGGUCUGCUGCUGCGCUGCCUGCAGUUCAUUCAGUUCAACACGCACGAGGUGGCCGAGCUGCAUAAAUAUGCGGCCGAGGGCAGGGAGAAGUCGAUCUUCAUUGGCGGCGCCAUCUAUCCGACGCUUGCGCUGUUCAAUCACUCAUGUGACCCCGGCGUGGUCAGGUACUUUCGCGGCAACACCAUCCACAUUAACACCGUGCGACCCGUGGAGGCGGGGCUGCCCAUCAAUGAGAACUACGGGCCCAUCUACACGCAGGACAAGCGCGAAGAUCGCCAGGCCAGGCUGAAGGAGCUGUACUGGUUCGAGUGCAACUGCGACGCCUGCCUGGAGAAUUGGCCGCUGUUCGACGACCUGCCCAGGGACAUCAUUCGCUUCCGUUGCGAGGCGCCCAACAACUGCACGGCGGUCAUUGAGGUGCCGCCCAGCUGCAACGACUUCAUGAUCAAGUGCGUCACCUGCGGCGAGCUGACGAACAUACUGAAGGGCCUCAAGGUCAUGCAGGACACGGAGAUGAUGACGCGCACGGCCAAACGGCUCUACGACACCGGCGACUAUGCCAAGGCGCUCAACAAGUUUGUCGAUCUGCUGCGCAUCAUGUACGAGGUGUUGGCGCCCCCAUUUCCCGACUUUUGCGAGUGCCAGCAGCACCUGAAGGAUUGCUUCCUUAAUCUGGGCAAUGUCUACAACCUGAACUGAUCAAUAUCAAUUGCAUGGAAUUUAAUGGCCUUUUCAAUAAAAUACUCAAGUUACAAAAUA